AUGUUUUCACUUCUUUCUCUUGGCUUCGCCGCCUCGGUGGCUGUUGCUACACCCCUCCUCGUUCAAAGAGACGCCGUCACAUCCGUGGUUGACCUUUCCAACAACACCGGAACGCCUGCACAUUUAGCAUCCGGCUUUAUCUAUGGUAUACCGGAUACACCCAAUCAAAUUCCAGACCACUUCUACACCGAUAUAGGGUUCAACUAUGCAAGAGCUGGUGGUGCUCAAGUUCCAUCGCCUGGUCUAGGCUGGAUCUGGGGCUUGUCGGAAUACAAGGUUCGAUUUGCGUCUGCUUUGUCCAACUACAAGACAGCCCGCAAAUAUGACGCCAACUUCAUUUUCCUCAUUCAUGACCUAUGGGGUGCGGAUGGGACUCAAAACUCCUCCGCACCCUACCCUGGUGACAAUGGAGACUGGACUUUCUGGGACGAAUAUCUUACCCAGUUCAUCUCAGAUAUGAAUGCAAAUGGUGCUACUGCUGGUCUCUCCAUUGAUAUUUGGAAUGAGCCAGAUCUCACCGCUUUUUGGAAUGCUCCUCAAGCGCAAUAUAUUCAGAUGUGGGGUAGAACUUACCACCGCUUGAGAUCAGAAUGGCCAGAUGUUCUCUUAAUCGGUCCCGCAUUUGCCGGCGAGCCUGAUGCAAGCAACAUUUGGUGGACUAAUUACCUGAGCUUCGUCAAGAGUAAUGCCAGCGUACCAGAUCAGUACGUCUGGCAUAUGGAAGGCGGCGGAGGAGAUAUGCAAAGUGCCUACGGCGCUCUCUACAACAUGCUGAAAACAUACUCACUGCCACUCAAACCAUUGAACAUUGACGAAUAUGCAACCUACACGGAAGAAUGCCCUGCCGGGUCUGCUUGGUGGAUCUCUCAACUCGAGAGAGUCGACGCUCAUGGCCUCCGAGGCAAUUGGCUUUCUGGCUGGGAGCUCCACGAUCUCAUGGGCUCUCUGGUCUCAAAGACAAAUGCCGCAACCGAUUAUACGGAGCUUGGAAGCGGGUACUACCCAAAUGGCGAUUACCAAGUCUACAAGUACUACUACCAAAACAUGACCGGGCAUCGUGUUGGUUCACAGCCGUCAACUGAUCUCUUGAUCGACACCUAUGCUACUGUAGGCACCGAUAAAGUUCGAGUCCUGACUGGCGUUCGCCCGAGCACAACUGGGACUUGGGCAAUCACAAUCGAGAAUAUCUCUGCGGUGGGCCUUGCAACAUCGGGAACGCUUGAUAUCCAUACUUGGGGAUUCCCUGGAGCGGGCGGACACUUUGGAGAGGUUGAUGCGCCUACUGAUCUUGGCUGGUACUCUCACACUUUCAGUGGGAAUUCUGUUACGUUUCCUAUCUACCAGACGGACACUGUGACUGCGUAUGCAUUUGAGUUCUAUGUCGGUUAAGCUGGGGGUUAUGAAACGACGAAGAAGUU